GCUCAGCCGGUUCGCUCCUCUGCUCGCUGUUUACAGACUGUUUCUGUUGACUGCCACAGGUUUACACCAUACGAGUGGUAUAACCCCCACCCGUGCAACCCAGACUCAGAUGUGGUGGAAAACAAUUUUACUUUACUAAAUAGUUUCUGGUUUGGAGUUGGAGCUCUCAUGCAGCAAGGAUCGGAGCUGAUGCCCAAAGCUCUCUCCACCAGAAUAGUCGGAGGCAUUUGGUGGUUUUUCACCUUAAUCAUAAUCUCGUCCUACACUGCCAACCUGGCUGCCUUCCUGACCGUGGAGAGGAUGGAGUCCCCCAUCGACUCGGCCGAUGACCUGGCCAAGCAGACCAAGAUCGAGUACGGGGCUGUCAGRGACGGAUCCACCAUGACCUUCUUCAAGAAAUCCAAAAUCUCCACCUACGAGAAGAUGUGGGCGUUCAUGAGCAGCCGGCAGCAGACRGCGCUGGUGAAGAACAACGACGAGGGGAUCCAGAGAGUGCUGACCACCGACUACGCCCUCCUGAUGGAAUCCACCAGCAUCGAGUACGUGACCCAGAGGAACUGCAACCUCACCCAGAUCGGCGGCCUCAUCGACUCCAAGGGCUACGGCGUGGGCACCCCCAUCGGGUCCCCGUACCGGGACAAGAUCACCAUCGCCAUCCUGCAGCUGCAGGAGGAGGGCAAGCUGCACAUGAUGAAGGAGAAGUGGUGGAGAGGGAACGGCUGUCCCGAGGAGGACAGCAAAGAAGCCAGYGCUCUGGGAGUGGAGAACAUCGGCGGCAUCUUCAUCGUGCUGGCGGCMGGGCUGGUGCUCUCCGUGUUCGUGGCCAUCGGAGAGUUCAUCUACAAAUCGCGCAAGAACAGCGACAUCGAGCAGGCCUUUUGUUUCUUUUACGGACUGCAGUGUAAGCAACCCCACCCGUCCAACUCCACCUCUGGCACCACCUUAUCCACGGAGUUAGACUGUGGCAAGUUAAUCCGGGAGGAGCGAGGGGUCCGGGCUCAGCCCUCCAUCCACACGGUGUAGUCAGGACAGGACCAAGGUGUGUGCGGGGAGGGCUCAGCCUCAAAAWUGGGGUUAAAUAAAUGAUCAGAGCCCAGAAAUGGGGGCGGUUUAAAUGAUUGUGGCGGGGAAUAUCGGCCCCAGGGCGGGCAGGGAGCUCAGCUCAGCGCAGGAGCCUCUCAGAGCUAUGGCAGGGUCUCAUGUGCCAUUGUCACCUUUGUGACAUUGUCACCAUUGUCAAUGUGUCAUUGCCCGGGGGCAUUCACCUGAUUCAGGUAAGGAAAACCAUUUCUCUCAUUCUCAUUUCCCUCAUUCUCAUUUCCCUCAUUCUCAUUUCCCUCAUUCUCAUUUCCCCUCUCCAACCC